AAGUAUAUAAAAUGAAGAAUUAAUAUUGCUUCAAUUCUUCUCUCACUUCCACAACAAUAUAUACAAAUCAUACACUCAAAAUGCCAGCAAUCGGUCCAGGUAGUUUAGUCCUCGUCACGGGAGCUUCAGGCUUCUUGGCAGCUCACUGUGUUCAUCAACUUCUAGAACGUGGUCAUUCAGUUCGCGGAACGGUACGAUCAAACGAAAAAGGAGAAUAUCUUAAAAAAUUAUUCAAACGUCAUGGUGAUAAGUUUCAAUAUGUAAUCGCAGAAGAUUUGGAAAAACCAAACGUUUUCGAUGAAGCAGUCAAAGGUGUUGAUGGUGUCUUGCAUACAGCUUCUCCUUUCCAUAUGAACGCUGAAGGUCGUGCUUUGGACGCUUUGGUCAAUCCUGCCGUAAAUGGAACAAAGAGUGUUUUGGCUUCGAUCGCAAAGGAGAACAAGGUGAAACGUGUAGUCGUUACAAGUUCAUUCGCUGCCAUCAUUGAUUCAAAGAAAGUCAAGCCUCCACAUACAUUCACAGAAGCAGAUUGGAACGAAUCUGAUCCAAUUCAAAGUGAACAAGAAGGAAAUGCUCAAAGUCCAGCUAUAAAUGCUUAUCGUGCAUCGAAAACGUUGGCUGAACGUGCAGCAUGGGAUUUCGUCGAAGCAAACAAGCCAUCUUUCGAUCUUGCAACAAUCAACCCACCUUUGGUUCUUGGUCCAAUCAUUCAUCAAGUAAACAGUCCCGACUCAUUAAAUACAAGUGCAGCAAACAUCUGGAAAUUGAUGCAUGGUGGUAGCCCAACAGCAGCCGUUGCAGUUGAUGUCCGUGAUACAGCCAAAGCUCACGUCGAGGCUCUACUACGUCCAGAUGCAGGCGGUCAAAGGUUCGGUCCAAGUUACGGUCCAUACACUUACCAAGAAGUUUCCGACAUCAUUCAUGCCACAAAGGUGCCAAUUCCAGAUGAAUGGAAAAAGAACACACCAACGGAUAUCAACGACUCUAAAGCUCCAGUCAAUUUGGACGGUAGCAAGACUGAACGUGAAUUGGGUGUCCAAUAUCAUACAUUCAAACAAACUAUCGAAGAUACUCUCACUUCCUUUGUUGAUUAUCAUAACAGAGGUUGGAAAGGAGUUACUUCAGAAGAAGUCUUGUAUUUACCCUGAUCGCCUUAAUGUACUUGCCUGAACAAAAAAUAAUACAAAUUCCAAAUUGAUCUGCUUGU